AUGUCAUCACCAUCACGUUCAAGACAUGAUUUUGUUCCAAUCGAAUCAAUUAUUGCAUUUGUUUUUAUUGGUGUAAUGAUUCUCGUUGGUCUUAUUGCACGAUGUCUUGCAUUGAAUCAUUCGACUGUUCGUAGUACACCAAAUACUGAUUUAAUGAUAUAUAGACCAGCACCAAAACCUGCUCCGCCGCCAAGAGCUAGACGUCCAUCAACAGAAGAAAAAUAUCAUUCAAAUGAUGAUAGUCGAGAUCAAAUAACAUCAUCUGAUAGUUCAGUAACAGCAAUUCGAAUUCAACGAGGACCAAAAAAUCUUUGA